UGCUGUGGAAGGAUGCUGUAGAAAGACGCGCUAUUAGAACUUAACUUUGGAGAACGCAUGCAAAAUAAUAUAGUCCAGCGAUCUCAAAGAGCACGCUGGAAUUUUCCUUUCCUACGUGAAACACAGUCAUGACGGAUCAAGAGUAUGUUCUCUGCAUGUGGAAGAAGCGUUUAUGGCCAGCAAAGGUUUUGUGCAAAACUGGAGUGGCUGGGGAAACGUCUGUUACUAACGCCAAGGAGACUUCUUUUACAGUUGAAAUACUUGGCUUGAAAGAACAGAUCCGUGUGAACUGUGCAGAUGCUGUACCGCUGAAGGAAGAACAUAUAGAAAACAUCGCCUCUAACUUAGAUCAAAGGAAUAAUUCGAGUGAGGCUGUGGAAGAACUGAAAUAUCGCCGUUCUCUUAAAAUUGCCCUGGAUAUUUUGAAUCAAAAUGGCUCAGCCGGACAAGUACCACCUUCAGAAGGAGGACGAAACGCUCGGUUAUCCCAGGAGAGCAAUGCAGGGUCUCUCUCAUCUACCCCCUUACGUAGAUGUCGGUCGCUCUUUCACUCUAAAGAACAGUUGGAGCCUGAGACUUCCAAGAAGAAAAGAGAACAAAAGAAUAGCCCCAGCCUGAAGACUGAUACAAAAAAACAAAACCAGAAAGGUUCCUUCAUUUUGGAGGAGAGCGCUAAAGCACAUGAAAGCGGAACAAACCCUUCCAGGUGUGGUACCGGGGACUUGUAUAAUACAUCAAACUCGGAUAGUCAAAAUUGCAAAGUACCAGAGUCAAAAUCCCUACCAAGACAGAAAAAAAUCAAGCCCAGAGUGUUGACAAAGUCCAAACCAGGGAGUAAAGUCUCCCUUAAGCCCAAGGAGGAAGAACGUAAGCAAGGAAGAAAAAGGCCAGGAGGUGCGGGAUCACCUGUCUCGUGUGGGAAUGAUUUCCCCAAGGAUCAAGCACGGCCCCUUGCUGAGGAAGGGUCUCCUCUGUCUGACCCCUGCAAGUCUGACGCAGCGGUACCUGUCAGAAGGGCAAACACCAGAAGUCAACCUAGAAGGACGUUACUGGAUUCCUCUUGUAACAGUGCCUCGGAUGACUUGGAAAAACGCAUCAGUAAUGAGAGCGAAAGUCUAGCAAAGCAAUUAGCUGGAAGAAAAAAGCCAGUGAGUUUAAAACGGAUUAACGGAGAACAAGAGACCGGUGCAACCGUGUCCUCGUACAGAAAAAGGAAAUGCAGGAAUCGCCCUGAAUCUUCAUCUGGGCCUUCUAACCAUGGGACGCUUUCUGAUAGCUUCCCCUCUCAGCUUAAAGAGGAGGAAAAUAAGAAUACUUCGCACGUGGAUAUGAAUAAAGUAAAGCAGUUUCAGCUGCCUGACUUUGAGGAAGAUGAAGGACUGGAACCGUCUGACCUGUCUUCAAAGAUCGUUUCCUCAGAGAGUCUCUCUCGCCUCUCAGCUCUGGUAGAUGACGAGGAGGAGGAUGAAGAGCUUCCUAGUAUUUUAUCGCAUCAAGAACCACAAUCAAUUGAAGAAGGGAUUUUGGUCUGGUGCAAAUUGCGAAGGUAUCCUUAUUGGCCAGCAGUGGUAAAAAACGUGAAGCGGAAACACAGAAAGGCGUGUGUGCUGUUAAUAGAAGGGAAUACAAAUGACAAGAAAAAAGGUUUCUCGGUAUCUCUUAAGAAUCUGAAGCACUUUGAUUGUGAAGAAAAGCAGGACCUCAUAGCACGAGCCAAAGAAGAUUAUCGCCAAGAAAUUGAGUGGUGUAUUCGAUUGAUUUCUGACUAUCGAAUUAGAGUAGGUUGUCAUUCUUUUACGGGAUCCUUCUUGGAAUAUUUUGCUGCUGACAUCAGCUACCCAGUUAGAAAGGAAGGUUAUCAAGGUUUGGUCCAAAUGGCCUUUCCGAACGCGGCAGAGGAAGAUGUUGAAGAGUCUUCAUCAGAAACUUCGCCUCAGAAGCCCUGCAAGAAACUUCUUCCUGACAGAACAAGAGCCGCUAGAGAUAAAGCGAAUAAAAAGAUAGUGGAGUUUAUAGUGAAGACUAAGGGGGCUGAAGAGCAUCUUCUGGCUAUUUUGAAAAGCAGAAAACAAUCCCGGUGGCUGAAGGAAUUCCUGAAUUCAAGUCAGUACGUGACCUGCGUCGAAACGUAUUUGGAGGAUGAAGAACAACUAGACCUCGUAGUGAACUACUUGAAGGAAGUGUAUCGUGCAAUAGACACUAAAAAUCUGCAUCAAAUAGAUGGAGAUGGAAUAAAAUUUAUCUCGGAUGUCCUUUUGCCUGAAGCCAUCAUUUAUGCGAUUUCUGCUGUGGAUGACAUAGAUUACAAGAAGGCAGAAGAGAAAUACAUAAAAGGACCAUCUGUGAGCAAAAGGGAGAGAGAAAUAUUCGAUGAAAAAAUUCUAGAAAGAAAAAAGUGGAAGAGCAAACUAGCAUCUGCAGACAGCGUCUGAGCAGCGGUACAAACUUUCCCAAGUUAUCCUGGCACUGCGUGUAUAUAACAAAGUGGUUAUUUGUAUAAAACGUGUAAUUCUUGCUUUUU